UUUUCUAAAUAGAAGUGCUGUGCUAGAAAAAAAGAAAAAUAAUUUCUGCUAAUCGUAUCCAACAUGAAGUUUCGAGAAGAAUUAUUUCUUUUAUUUUUCAUCGCGGUACAAGUGCAAUGCUCUAAUUUGUCCAACGAUUUGAGUAGCAGUUCUAAUUUGAAUGAAGAAUGGUUGAUAGAAGCAGGUUAUUCUAAUUUUGUAACUUUGAAUGAAUUAUGUGUGAUUUACGAACACUUGGAAGAAAUCAAUUCGUUUUUAAAGCCAAAAUAUGAAAAGUUGAUUAUUGUUAUAUCGGACAAUAUAAACGAUGCCGUCAGAAUGGCUAAAUAUUUGAGUCGCAAUAAUUCGGUUCAAAUUGAAGGAAAUAAAGUUCGUAUUCCUUAUCCAUUGAUGAGUGAAAUUUUGAACAUUCUAAAUUUGCUCUACUACAACAAAGAGACUUCUACUUACAUCUUCGCUUAUCAUAGAUAUAGGGAAAAUAAAAUAUUAGCAAACUAUAUCGCCAAGAAGAUUAUUCACUCUGCCGAAAAUACCUCUGUUAUCCUCACUAGUAAAGGAGAAAUAGAGAAUGAUUAUGUUCUCGAUCACCUAUUUCUGAUGUCUUCGAAUAUUUCAUUGCAAUAUUCACCGAUUCUGUUUAUUCCAUUAAAUGUUAUUCCACUUGAUGAACACAAAUGCGCACUCCAAUCUAUAUUUGACAAAAUAAAAGUUUACUUCAAGUCCGUAUUUAAUGAUACUCCUGGACUGGCGAUCAAUGACAUAAGAGUGAAGGACAUAUUUUUAAAUUCCUAUCAGUCCAACAAUAAGAUACACAGAAGCAAAUGUUCGUUAUUUACUUUUUUUGCACCUGGUAGUUACGGAGUAUUGUCACAAACGUGCCACAACGAUAGAAAAAUGGAACUAUUCAUUAAUAUUUUCUUUACUUUGGCAAUUUUAAAUAUUCAAACUGAAAAUGGAAUCAUCUCGUGCAAUGACAAUGAAUUAUUUAAUAGACCUGAAGAAAUUAUCAAGAUUUUAAACCUUUAUGGAUCGAGAGAAUUAAGUGAAGAUACAAAUUUAAAUAACGUUGUAGAUCAUGUAAAGUGUACUGAAGUACUACUUUCUAAUAAGAAACGUAAAAGUUUAUUGUUUGAUUCGCCAUUCUCAAACAUGACUACAUUAUCAGACGUAUUUGCCACUGUAGAAUUUAUAGACGAAAACAUGCCUCUAUUUGAAGAAAGAGUCUGGAACACAGAUUUCGAGGAGAAACAAGAUUGGUUUGAAAGAUUAAGAGCAAUAUUCAUAAAUAGUAAUUUCUGGGAAGAAAAAGUAAGAUCAGAUACAUUAACACACAUGUACAAUUCUAUCCCGAAAUAUGAUGAAUUUGACGAGGAAGUAAUGAAAAAGGCUUUAUCUAUUGUGAAGAGCAAUACAAUGGAGAAGAAUAUACAAGUUAACUAUUCUAAAAUAUCGAGCACGAAUUGUAAGCUACAAAUUAAAGGAAAUUUCUUGAGACUUAGUGACAUUAAACCGGCUUUAAAACAGAAUAAUUGUACAGGAAACGUAACUUUUAUUGAACUCUUUUCUUUGGACAAAGUUAUCAUAAUUUAUCAGUUCGAGAAAGAAUUAUUUGGUGAAGGAACGCAAAUCAACAUACUUGCGCCAAUUUGGGAAUUCAUAUCAAUCGGAGAGUCAAGUUUUGAUGAUGCACCUGCAGAAAAUGUUCAGGUGGAAAAAGACACUAUUAAACAACUCAUCUUGCCAGGUCAAACUGGAAAAUUCGGAACAUUCUUUGCACUCAUUAAAGAGGUUAUUAACGGAAAUGAAUUACUAUCCUGCAAUAGUGGAGUAGAUGAUCAACAAGGAGGUAUUCCUGGGAUAAUUCAAUUAUACGCUUGUAAUAAUAAUUCCAAUACAGACAUACAAUUAUCAUCAAUGGAGAAUUUCAGUGUUGACGAAAGUACAGAAACAUCAAAGGAGCCACUGAUAUUGGAAAAUUUCGACAAAUCCAUUAAAAGAUAUAAAGAAUUUAUUCUGACUGAAAUUAUUAGUUGCAGUUGUGAUAAUUAUACAAAAUUGAAUAUCGAGAUGUAUAAACAAUUUCCAAGGGAUUAUGAUUCAUUAAUUUUUAUAAAUGCAAUAACAAAUUUGGAAAAUGACUAUUCUAAAGAAACGAAUAAGACAAGAAAAUUAAAUUCUCUUGAAGCUUGGAAUAAACAAUUUGAGAAAUAUCUACACCGAGUGGAGAUUACAAAAGAAAUGAUUGAAACAAAAGCACUUCUUCCUUUGAACAGAAUGAUUUUUCGGAAAGUCGAUAAACUCAGGAGGAAAUUGUACGAUGAGUCUGUUUUCAAUAUUAAAAAUUAUUUAAGGACGUGUAUAGCUGAUAGUAAGAAAUAUACAAGUGUGAAAAAUUUAGUUGAAAUGAAAUCUAUUACUAAAAAUUACACUGAUCAAUUCCAUAGACAAAUUGAAAUUGCAAAUCAAUUACUGUCAAACAAUUUACAAGAAGAUUUGAAUCGAAGUAUAGCUCAAUUAACCACCGAAUUUCAAGAAAUAAACGCAGCAAUUGAGAAGGAAAAGCAAAAAUUAAUAACUAAACACAAUCAAUUGCAAGCAAAGAGUCAAGACCUAGUAAAAAAAUCAGGACUUAUACUAUUUUUUGGUUUCCUUCAGGUAGCUUGCCUAGUACUAACAUUCGUAAACCCACUUUUUGCAGUUGUAGGUGCUACGAUAAGUAUAGGUGCUAGCAUGUAUGACUCAAGUGUAUUAAAUAGCGCAGAAUCAAAAAUAGUAUUUGAUUCUGCAAAACGCAAUUAUGAGACAAGAAAUCUAAUAAAAACGAUGAAUAACAUGAAUCAAAAAUAUGCAACCAAGACUAUAAAUUUCGCUAAUAAUUUCGUCGAUGUUGCUAUGUCUGUACAGAAUACACAAAAGAAACAUACGGAUAAUAAAUCAGCACAAGAUAAAGUGAAUGAUGAAAUUAAGCUAAAUCUGGAAAACAUAAAUAAUUUAAAAAAGUCUAAAGAAGAGAUUUACAAUAAAUUGAAGCCUUUCGUAGAAAAACUUGAAAGAAAAUUAAAUAAUGAGACUAUGAAAUUACAAAAUUCAUCAAUUAUUCAUCUUGAAUACGGAAGACGGGAAAUGGAAGAUUUAAUAAGGGAUCUUAAAGAGAAAUUUGAUAAAAUUACUGAGACAUUCAACGUGGAGGAAAAAGCAGUGCCAAAAAUAAAAAAUGCCAUGACUGCAAUAUUUCGCCUCAAUGAACUUAUAAUAAAUAUGAAAUCAGAAAUUUCUAAAACACAAUAUUCACACAAAAUAAAUACAGUGCCAUACAAAAUUACUAAUAUUCAAGACGAGGAGCUUCAAAAUGCAGUUAUAGAUUUGAUAUACAUUCAUUAUGCAAACGACAUAUAUGACGAAUUCAUCAAAUGGAAGAACUCAUUCGUACAGUACAUAUUUCCAUUCAAUAAGGACUUUCCCGAUAUUUAUUUUGAGACUUAUGAUUAUCAUUUUGAUAAUUCUUCCGAAAAGGCGAAUAUCAUAGUAGAAAUAAUGCCGGAAAUACAAUCAAAUUUGGAAAAAACGAGAGAAGAUAAAUAUUUAUUAUCAUCAGAUAUCAAAUUUGGUUAUAAUAAAAGUCCACCUUUUUAUACCUGGAAUAAUAGCACAUACUUCACCGAAAUAAAGCAAAUUCUUGAAGGUAAAUCUGUAAAACUAUUCGCAGACAUUAAUAGUACAAAUAUGAGUGCUGUUAAAUUCCGAACUAUAAGUAUUUUGUUUACUUCAUCCAAUGAGACUUUAAAUAACGAACUGAAUAACGAUUUGUCAUCAUUUUCUUUCCAACUGAUUCACCACGGAGACUCCCAUUAUAGAUGUGAUAAUGAUGUUUAUGUAUUCAAUUCUAGUCACAACAGCUUUGGUCGGAACUUGAUCGUGAUAGACUAUAUUCUAAGCCCCUAUGCAACAUGGACUAUUACCCUCAAGAAUACCUUAUUAGGCAUUGGAGAUUUUAAAAAAUUUACUAAAUAUGUAGGUGAAGUAAAUAUGAAUUUGGUCGGAGAUGGCAAAUAUUUUGACAUACUAAAUGAUAAAAAUUGUUCAGAAUAUUACUCAGCUCCAAAUCCGAAUGAUCGAGGAAGGUUCUAUGAUAGGAGGAAGCGCGAGUUAAACCAGAUAAGAAAAAAGCGCUUCGAUCAGUGGAUGUCACAGAAGAAAUUAACAAACUCUGCAUUUGAGUAGAAAUUUAAAAUACUCGUAGAUUCAUUUUCAUGCAAAUAUGCAAUAGUAUGGAAUUUGCAUUUUUUACAUUACUACCAAAUUAAUUUAAAUUGGAUAAAAUAUAUAUACUAUAUAACCGUAAACAUUUUAGACACAUUUAUUGCAAAAGUUUCUAAUUAUUGAUUAUAAAUUGAUUUUUUGACAGUUUUUCAGUUUAAAAAAGUAGUGAACAUUAAUAUUCGUACAAUUCCGACGUGACAAAAAUAAUUUAUUUAUCAUUGCAUAUUUUUGUAAAAUGUUAAAAAUUUUUCUUCAUGAAGAAAUGUUAAAUUUCGCCUAUUUUGUAGUUUGAGUGAAAACUGUUUAAGCAUUUUAGAUUUAUAUUGUCAGAUAAUAAAAAUGUUUUGCCAAUGCUUCAUAUUUAAAAAAAAAACUAAAUAAAAUAGUAAAAAUAAUUUUUAUUUAAAAGAAAAAUAAAUAUUGUAUUCCAACUGACAAAUUUCGUAUAUAUUUUAAAACAGUAAAAUGUACACCUGCCACAAAAAGUCGUGUUUUCGAUUUUAAUGACGCCUACGUAUGUAUUUUAAUGUCCUGAUUCAGAAAAUGAAAGAUAUAAUAUGGCCGCUUUUUUUGUUUUCAUGGAAAAUAAUAUUAUUAGAAAAAACACAAAAAUUAUAAUUCUCCGAAUAUUCGAAAAACCAUCAUGUUUAGGGGUCUUACAUAUUUAUUUUUCAAAUGUGUCUGAAUUCACUAGCAUUAUUCCACAUUAAUUUACAAUUAAUCUAUGGUAUAGUUAUUAAUUAUUAAUUAAUAAAUGUAUAAUAAAUAAAAAAUAAAUAAUAAAUAAAAUAAUAAAAAAAAUACAUAUUAUACAUAAAUAAUUAACAUGUGGUAUGUACUCAAAAGAGGUUUUCUACAGUUUCCCUUUUUUCUGGCGAGAAAGCCCAAUAGACGGGUGGUCCAGGCAAAUGCGAGUACUCUUAAUUCAAAAGUCGUGCUGUAGGCGCAAUGAUUAGUAAAAAUAGUUAAUAAGUUAUAGUUUGUAAGUAAAAAUUUUUACUGUAACAUUUGUAAACAGUACGAAUGUAUAAAGAAAUAAAAUAAACAUUAAUUUUAAUUCUCA